CCGGCAGACUCACAUUGCAGCAGGCAAACUCGCAUUGCAGCAGACAAACACCAUGCACGCCAAGCAUUCCCGUGUGCCGCCGAUCGGCGUGACGAACCACAUGAUUGGCUAUCUGCUCCGAUUGGUCCGAAUACACAUGUGUGCAAGCUUCAGGCAAACCCAAUGCCUAGCUCCAAUUUCAGGGUCAACUGAGUGCCCCCUUCUCCCGCGCGCUACUCCAUCCGCUACGACCAUUGAAGCAAGCAAUCACCGACUGGACAUAUUUUUUCACGAUGUUGCAAUACAAGAACCAGUCAGUGCAACCUGUAGAUAGAGCAGAAUAUUGUUGCGUACAUAUUUUUUAAGUUCUGUUUGCACAUCAUUCAAAUCGAGAUAUCUGUUUCGCAGUGACAUAUCCAGUUGUUCUUCACCAGGCUUGAGGUUGAUGUCUACCACCAAUCAGACUACUUUCCGUGUUCCAAGAAAACUACCUACCAUGUAGGUACACACAUUGUACGAAGAAGGUAAGAGAUCACAUGAUUUGCCCGAUAAUCGCUGUAGCGCGUAGCUAUAUGCGUACUAGCGUCUGCUACCCCGAGCUAAGUCCACGAGCUAAAAUCCACCAAGCGCUCGCAUCCCCUUUAACCUUUACUCUAGCAACCUACCACCCUAUAUUCACCUUCUUACCAGAAGUUUUCGAGGCAUUGGGUAUUCGGAUAGUUGACGAAUGUCUCAAUAUGCCUCGGGAGCUCCGGGAUCGAUCAAUCGUACCAAAUUGGUCCGAAUUACCUCCUGUGGCGAACUCUACGAAUCUAGGCCAGCUGGAGACAUCGCAGGGUGCAGACGCAGCCACAGGUGUAUGUAAAAUUCCGAGUCUCGGAUCCGCAGUAGGAAAUCGGAGACGUCUCAGAGAAUUAGAGCUUACUGCGGAGGGUCUCGAACAGGCAGCGGUUAAUAUUCAGGAUGCGGAAUACGGAUUAGAAAAGAGGCGGGAGCAUCGGCGCCGUUACGAUGAUUAUGGGGAUGAAAGCGAUUCUGAAGACGACGAAGAUGCCUCAACAAGUACCCGGGAUGACCAGAUUUUGCAAGCCAUUAUGAUGUCCGACCGCGAACGAAUUAUACAAUUCGUCAAAACACGUGGCAACGAAUCGCAUGUAUCGAUUGAGGAACGUAUUCGGUUAGAUGCCGCUGAUGUGGACUUUGACGUGCUUCAACAAUAUCUGGAUACGAAAGUGACUCGUACUCGAAUUCGAUUGAUCGAUAUUCAAAAAACCUUUGUAUCCGUGUUCGAAGCAAGUGUCAAAGCCGAUAGUUUACCGUUCUUGACUGGACUUCACAGCGCAAUUCGGACGUAUCUACCGACUGAAAUUCGCGACAUGAUUUAUGCGUACUUGCUCCCGAUGGACAAGUACAGGGACGUGUGCGACGUACAUUUCCAACUGCCGUUUUUCAACCCAGAUUUCCAUGGCAAUUUACCGCCGUCCGAUUACGACGAUGACGACCGCAGCGGUCGGGUCGAGAGCGAAUUGCAGACUACAACAAAAAGUUUCCAGGCGGGAACUGAAGAUGUGCAUCAACCCGGUGGUUGGCUGCUCAAUCCAUCGUACGUUGGCAAAGCUAUGGCUCGCGAUCUGGCAGAGAUCUAUUACUCGUCAUACGGAUUUGGAUUAGAGAUGAGAAACAUGCAUAGUUUUCUUCAUGUUGACCGUACAGAAACGGGGUUCAAGCCAUUGGAACAUAUCCGGAAAGAGUUAAGCAUCCAAGUCCGAACGACUAUGGGAAACGGUUCGAAAGAACGUGCAUGGGCAGGUACAGACAACGAAACAGAGUUUCUCAAUCGCAUCUACACCAAUCUAAGAGAUCUUCUCUUGCUCUCUCACAUUCAAGAAAUCCCCAUCAUCAUCACUAUCAUUACAGGCUCGCCUUUGUGGCGAGGUGCUACGGAAGGUGAUCGUCGUUUUUAUAACGUCAUGGAGGCGGUUCGUGAGCCUAUCUAUGACAUGCUGCAUGCUGGCGUCAAUCUUGAAGUUUGGCACAUAGCAUCGCCGUCACACAAAAGUCGAAUCAUCUCGAAGGGACCAUGGAAUUUUUUCAACACCAGCAAAGAGUUGUGGCACGAGGAACGGCAGAGUCACGGCCCGUCUUGGAGACCAUCGUUCAAUUUUAUUACCAUAGAAGAUUGCCAGGAGGACACACUUUAUCAACUAUUGGUGCAGAGAUGGGGCUUCACUGAGUCGAUUGAUUCAUAUAGCAGUCGAAUAUAA